AUGAACUUCUCGAAUCUUAUGCCGGGGUUUCACAUUUCCUGCAAGGUGCUUCACCCAUGUGCCGACUUUGGGCGUGAAGAGUUCGUCCAAGCAAUCAAUGCGGCAUACAUUGGAUACAAGAGCUUUUAUAAAGACACGACAGCCAAGGACCGAGCACAGCUUCUUCGGCGAUGGCAUGAUCUUAUAAUUGAGAACGUGGAAGACUUGGCGAUAAUUUUAUCCCUAGAGAAUGGGAAAACGUUGGCCGAAGCCAAAGGAGAAGUAACCUAUGCGGCAACCUUCGUCGCCUGGUUUGCUGAAGAGGCAGUUCGCAACUACGGCGACGUGAUUCCUUCCUCAUAUGCGAAUUCAACCGUUCUCACUUACAAAGAACCUGUUGGGGUGUGUGGAAUCAUCACUCCGUGGAAUUUCCCUGUCGCCAUGAUUACUCGCAAGAUCGCUCCGGCAUUUGCCGCCGGCUGUUCUGUGGUGAUUAAGCCUCCAAGUGAAACACCUUUCAGUGCAAUUGCUCUCGCGAAGCUGGCACUAAAGGCCGGUAUUCCCUCUUCACUCAUCCAUGUUAUCCCCACCAAGGACCGCAAGGCUUCACUAGAGCUAGCCACCAAUCCGCUUGUGCGCAAGAUCAGCUUCACCGGGUCAACAGCUGUUGGUAAGAUGCUGACAAGACUAGCGUCUGAAACGAUGAAGAAAGUCAGUAUGGAGCUUGGGGGGAACGCUCCCUUUGUGGUCUUCGAGGAUGCCGACCUGAACCAGGCGGUUGAUGCGGCGCUGAUCUGCAAAUUCCGUGCAUCAGGUCAAACUUGCGUGUCAUCGUCCAAGUGUGCGAAUCGGCUCUAUGUGCAUAAACAAGUCCUUGGGGCUUUUGCCGAGAAACUUACCGCCAAGGUGCGGACUCUCAAGCUAGGCCGUGGUAUCGACGACGGAACGACCCAAGGUCCGCUGGUCAACGCUGCAGCCGUGGAAAAAGUGAAGGCCCACGUUGCGGAUGCAUUAGCCAAAGGUGGCCAGUUGUGGACUGGCGGACAGGCACCUAGCCAUCUGUCUGGCUUCUUCUUCGAGCCAACAAUCAUCACUGGCGCGACGUCUGAUAUGGCUGUCGCAACUGAGGAGACCUUUGGGCCCCUGGCAGCUAUUUUUCCAUUCGACAGCGAAGAAGAUGUGUUGAUACAGGCCAACGCUAGUGAAUAUGGGCUGGCUGGGUACUUCUUCAGUCAGAACGUCAGUCGAAUUUUCCGCGUCGCGCGUCAGCUGGAAUGUGGCAUGAUUGGUGUCAAUACUGGUCUGAUCAGUGCAGCGGAAAGUCCUUUUGGUGGCAUCAAGGAAAGCGGCGUGGGCCGAAAAGGGCAGUCGUUACGGCCUCAGCGAAUACCAAAACAUCAAGUCGGUUACUAUUGGAAAUUUGGGCUGAGGGUUUUGUAA